AUGCCCGAGAGUAUCGACAAAAAGCCGCUCCGCAUUUCUAUUGAUCGCGGAGGUACUUUUACGGAUUGCAUCUGCAAAAUUCUCGACAGGGACGAUAUCAUCGUGAAGAUCUUGUCUGUGGACCCUAAGAACUACGCCGACGCACCAACUGAGGCAAUUCGUCGCGUCCUGGAAAUAUACUAUGAAACUACAAUCCCACGAGGCUCGGAACUAGAUCUUAAGGAUGUUGAAUGGAUUCGCAUGGGCACAACGGUCGCAACCAAUGCGCUACUCGAGCGCAAGGGCGAGCGCACAGCCCUACUGGUAACAGAAGGCUUCAAGGAUAUCUUGCAGAUCGGCAACCAAAGCCGACCGUACAUGUUCGAUCUUACGAUUCGACGACCGAAACCGUUGUACUCAGAUGUCUUUGAAGUCAAAGAGCGCGUGACAGUAGGAAGUUGCAAUGACUCAAAUCUCCGCAGUAUCACACUUCACUCUCCAGAGCCCGUUGAGACAAACAUCGGAACGUCCGGUGAGGUGGUCCAAGUACUUCAGCCUCUCGACUUGGACAACACUAGAGAUUACCUGCGGAGAAUAUACCAUGAGGGCUACCGGUCUUUGGCAGUGUGUCUUAUGCAUUCCUACAUAUUCCCAACACAUGAAUUGCAAAUCAGAGAGUUGGCACUCGAUAUUGGGUUUGAAUGUAUAUCACUGUCGCAUCAAAUCUCUCCAAGGCCAAAACUUGUCCCGCGCGGCAACUCUACCGUGGUUGACGCGUACUUAACCCCGAACAUUCAACGAUAUCUCCAACAGUUUUCAAAGAACUUUCCCAAGAUUGAGCAAUCGCAGACGCGACUGGAAUUUAUGCAGUCAGAUGGUGGUUUGGUUCCCUCGUCGAGCCUUUCCGGGCUGCACUCCAUUCUCUCCGGGCCGGCUGGCGGUGUCAUAGGCUAUUCCCAAACAUGUUUCGACACAGAAUCUGGAACUCCAGUGAUUGGAUUUGAUAUGGGGGGCACCAGUACCGACGUCAGUCGAUACGACGGUGAAUUGGAUCAUAUCUUCGAAACAACAACUGCUGGAAUCUCGAUCCAGGCACCACAGCUCAAUGUGAAUACUAUCGCCGCUGGAGGAGGUAGUAUACUGACAUGGAAAGAUGGACUUAUGUCGGUUGGCCCGGAGAGUGCGUCUUCCAACCCUGGACCGGCAUGCUACCGUAAAGGCGGUCCGUUAACUGUGACGGAUGCGAAUCUCGCACUGGGUCGUUUGAUUCCAGAAGAGUUCCCGUCGGUUUUUGGUGCCAACGAGAAUGAGCCAUUGGAUAGAGAUAUUGUACUCGCCAAGUUCAAGGACCUGACUCAAACUAUCAACCAAGAGACCGGCAAGUCAUUGACGUGGGCAGAGGCUGCCGAUGGGUUCCUCCAAGUCGCCAAUUCCGCAAUGUGCGGGCCUAUUCGAAGCUUGACCGAGGCCAAGGGUCAUGAUGUUGCAAAGCAUCACCUCGCUUCAUUCGGUGGUGCAGGAGGCCAGCAUGCUUGCGCCAUCGCCGAAGCCCUUGGAAUCAAAAGAGUUCUGAUCCACAAGUACUCCUCUAUUCUCUCCGCCUAUGGAAUUGGACUGGCAGAUGUCGUACACGAGGAAGAGCGGGUGUGCGCAAGGCCCUAUGACAACUCUACCAUUGACGCGAUCAAUCGCGACAUGGAAUUGCUUGCCGCCUGCGCGCGAAGCAGUCAGACCAUGGAACCAUUUAACAGCGUUCAAACACGCCGCUAUCUAAGUAUGAGGUACGAUGGCAGCGAGACUUCAAUCAUGAUCUCCUGGGAUAGCUCGGAGAUUGAUGCCAAGGAAGCAUUCGUCAAAGCUCACCAUCAGCAAUUUGGAUUCACUCCUACCAACCGUAUGGUGUACGUUGACACCAUUCGUGUUCGGGCAAUUGGCUGCAGUACUUUCUCCAAAAGCUCUUCAGUUGCUGCUCUCACCUCGUCCUUGAAGUCUAAGCCCGAGGAUGUCUGUGCUGUCCCUACCUCAUGGGAAUCUACAUAUUUCAGUCCGAUGGGAUGGAUUAACACGCCGGUAUAUCACUUCAACACCUUAAGUGAUGGCUGCCAAAUUCAAGGACCAGCCCUGGUCAUUGACAAGACGCAGACAAUUCUGGUCAACCCGCAAUCCAGCGCGACUAUCGCUCAAGAUGUCCUAAUCCUGGACGUCCGCUCUUCUGGCCCAAAAGCGGGGAGCACAGAGGCCAUUGAUCCAAUCCAGCUUUCGAUUUUCCGUCAUCGAUUUAUGGGUGUUGCGGAGCAAAUGGGUCGCGUGUUGCAGAACGUUAGUAUCAGUGCUAAUAUUAAGGAGCGGCUCGAUUUCACCUGUGCAAUUUUCACACCUGAGGGGGAUUUGGUCGCCAACGCGCCUCAUGUUCCCGCCAUGAUUGGGAGUAUGGCUUUUGCGGUCAGGUCACAGAUUAUUGAGUGGCAGGGUAAGCUGCAGGAUGGUGAUGUUUUGCUUUCCAAUACUCCAGCCUUCGGAGGUGUUCACCUUCCUGACCUUACGGUGAUUACUCCGGUCUUUGACUCCAAUGGAAAAGAAAUUAUCUUCUGGGCUGCUUCACGCGGCCAUCACGCGGAUGUUGGCGGUAUCCUUCCAGGCUCCAUGCCGCCCUUGUCAAAGCUCCUAUCGGAAGAGGGAGCGGUCUUUGACUCUCAUCUGCUGGUGCGUGCGGGCCACUUCGAUGAGGAAGAACUCCACCGGCUGUUAUGCGUGGAGCCUGCACGUUUCCCCGGCUCUAGCGGAUCCCGAUGUUUCCAGGAUAAUAUCACCGACUUGAAAGCUCAAGUUGCUGCAAACCACUGUGGUACCCGUCUCAUGCGGCAGCUGAUUGAGGAAUAUUCUAUGGAUGUAGUUCAGAUGUACAUGUGCGCGAUCCAAGAUUCCGCUGAGCUAGCGGUGCGAAAUCUCUUGAAGCAUCUCGCCCAUGAUCGCGAUGGAGAAGAAAUAUCCGCUGUGGAUUAUAUGGACGACGGCACCCCAAUCAAGCUGAAAGUGACUAUCAGCCCAUCAGAUGGCUCUGCCAUCUUCGAUUUUACAGGAACAGGUCCAGAGGUCUACGGAAAUUGGAAUGCCCCAAUCGCAAUCUGUAACUCAGCAGUUAUCUUCGCCCUGCGCUGCAUGGUAAAAUCUGACAUCCCCCUCAACCACGGCUGUAUCAAGCCAGUACAAAUAAUUAUACCAGAGGGAUCGCUCUUGCGGCCGAGCUUCGAAGCGGCGGUGUGUGCAGGGAACGUACUGACAUCCCAACGGAUCGUGGACGUCAUAUUCAAGAGCUUCCGUAUCUGCGCCGCCAGCCAGGGCUGCAUGAAUAACUUUACUUUUGGCAACGACGGCGAUAAUGGCUUCGGAUACUAUGAGACCAUCGCUGGCGGGAGUGGAGCAGGUCCCGGCUGGGCUGGUACAAGUGGUGUACACACCAACAUGACCAAUACGCGCAUUACGGACCCCGAAUCUCUUGAGCGUCGAUAUCCGGUUAUUCUCCGGCGUUUUAGUCUCCGCGAUGGUAGUGGUGGCGCAGGAUUGUACCCUGGAGGCGAUGGAGUUAUCAGAGAUGUUGAGCUCAGGGUUCCCAUGUCUGUGUCUAUUCUUUCUGAACGGCGCAGUUUCGCGCCUUACGGUAUGGGAGGUGGGCAGGAUGGGCAGCGUGGCAGGAAUACUUGGAUAACUAAGGCUGGUCGCCAUAUCAAUGUUGGGGGUAAAAACUCUAUCCGUGUUCAGCCCGGGGAUCGCUUCGUUAUUGAGACUCCUGGUGGUGGUGGUUAUGGAGCUCCCGGGGAGUUGGAUAGGUCUGGUGUGGACGAGUCGACGUUCAUGCCGUCAUUUGUGCCGGUUGCUAAUGGUAGUGUUGCUGCGAGUAGGAGUUUGGCCGAGCAAGUAUGA